CUUAAGAUUCAGGUAAGCUUCCUUGAUUCCUCUUCUAUUUGAUUCUUUCUUUCUCUCCCUCUUAUUUGAUUCUUCAUUCCGGGCAAGUUAAACUUUGUGGGUUGUUGUUGAGCUUCAUUUCCCUCUCUGACUGGCGGCUUGGGGUCUGCUUCUCAUUGCAACGUGACAGUUGACAUUGAUAUUGCAAUGACGACUGGCACAACUCUUCAAGAUCAAAAGAAACGCACCUUAGACGCAUUACAAAGAAGGUUUGCCCUUGCAGAAGCCGAGCUUCAUUUGCAGCAACAAAAGAACAAAAAGAGACCUCAUGAAGAAAACAAGGGAACAACUCAUAACGUGAAUUCUUCUUCCGCAAAUGUGACUGAUGCAUUACCCUCCUCGAAUGCCUCAUCCAAGAAAGGCAAGUUUUCCUUCUCAGGCCACGCUGCGACACAAGAUGUAGAAGCAAAUGAUUCAACAUAUUUUCAACUAUCUCAUCCUGUACAUGAGAAUCUGCUGCCAACAAGUCUCAACAUUUCUGAUAGAAGAGGAAGCAUAGUCAAUCAGGUUGUGCAUGACCUUCUCCAAAGUGGUGAUUCAGCUCAGAAAUACAUGCAGGGAUCCAGAAGCAUGAAAAUUGACAAUUGGAUUCUUCUUGAUAAUCUUGUACAAGGUCGCGGUGCUUCUCGUAGUGCUCGUAUCAGGGCUUUGAAGACUCACUCAAAGCGGUCAAAAAAGCACAUGUCUAUGAAGCAACAUAAAAAAUGUGGAACGUUGGAUUUGCCUCAAGAGCUCCACAACUUUGAUAUUUUCAAGCCAAUGCAUGAAAUGUGGAAAGGCUACAUGGUGCAACUUCUUAAAAAUGUGGGGGAAAAUCAAUUGACAAAAUGCCUUCUGACUGCAGACCUACAUGGUGCGAUGAUUCUAGUUGUUCAGUGUAAAAUAGCUGCCUUCACUGGAGUGAGUGGUAUCAUGAUUCGAGAAACUGAAGAGACAUUUGGAAUAAUUACACAAGAUAAUAAAUUCCGAGUUGUGCCCAAAAAGCUUUCUGUUUUUAUGUUCCAAGCUGAUUGCUGGAAAAUUACAUUGCAUGGAGACAAACUUGCUUCAAGAAAUGUAGGGUCGUGAUGCUGAUGUUGAUAGUUGCAUCCCUGAAAUCAAACAAUGGGAUAGAGUUCCAAGAAAUCCACUUCCAGCCAUCUUCAGAAAGUCAGUUGAGGAGUUCUACGACAAUGAGAAACCAAAUGAGGUGAAUUCUUUUUGCGAUUUUGACUAUUGCUAGAGAAUUUAUGGUUGGCUUCAGAGGAUAGGACAAAUAUUUGGUGCAUCAAUAGGCUGUAAUUUUGUUUUUGGACCUAGCCAAAAUUGCUCUGGUAAUAGGAUAGGAGAACCCUAUUCUAAUUGCAAAUUCCAAAAAGAGAUGAGUUGAUUUCUUGUUCUUUACAAAAAAAAGGAUUUCUCAGCAGAUGUGCACUUGAAAUAGUCUUUGAUUAGAGACUCACUUCGAUGAACAAGGCAAUGGUCUCAACUCCUGAGACAAUGCCCUAACAUCCUUAGGAUCCGCACACGAUCGUAUGGUCUUGGGGCCUUUGGGCUAGUGCCCCAGGAAUAUCGAAUAAUUUCUAGCAAUAGAUGGUACGUCAAAGAGCAAUGUCAUAUACAUUGAUUUUUUUCACUAUUUCGGCCCUAUUUGGUAGAACUUGUUUAGCUUAAAAUUUGAAAUUCAAUGGA